AUGGACGAAAGGGAGGAAGCAAAGCCACCAAAGAUAGACUUGAAGGGCAAGAACAGUAAGUUCUCUGUACCAGAAAUCAACAUGGAUGAAAUCAAAAGGGAUUCAUCUAUGCAUGUCUCGCCUCAAGGAGAAGGGACCAAGCCAGCAGGAGGAAGGUGGAACUGCCUCUGUUCUCCGACGACGCAUGCUGGGUCCUUCAGGUGCCGACACCAUAGAGCUUCUGGCAUGACAAGGGGAGGCUCUGUCGGAUCAAACCUUGCUUUGCUUGGUGCCACCAAAUCUGAACCCAUCAGUGAUUUCUUCCAAGCUCGGUAG